GCAAAAGUCCCAAUUCAGGCCAAUCUCUUUGUGCAAUUAGCCGACAGUUGGCCUUGAGCCAUCCUCAGCACGAUGACGACCACAUCGUUGCGUGCGGUCACCCAUCGAUUGACCACGACGCCCGUCCAAGAUCUACCCCCGAUCGCCUCUUUUCUUGCAACAUCAAUAGGCGAUUGCGCGGAGCUUCUUGCAACGCCGCAGGGUUCCUCCAAAAAUGCAAAAUCUGAAUCCGAAAAUGCUGCACAGAUCCAUAAACUCAAGACUCGUCUUACGAGCCUUUUGCAAGACCGGAGUUUUGAAGGUCGAUGGACGGCUGUUGUUCUGGUGAAGGCCGCUGUGGAAGCCGGUCAAUGGGAGAUUCUCCGGGGCUGCGAACCUCUUGUUCGCGGCAUGAUUAGCAUUCUAGGGAAACCAGACCCUAUCUCCACGAAGAAAAUGUCCAUAAUCACCUUGACACGCAUAUUCCAUCUUACCUACCAGUAUCAGACCCUCGUCCGAGAGAUUACGACCCCCUCGUUGCCAGGAUUUAUAACGGCGACUUUGAAUCUCGUCUCCGUGAAGCCGUCCUCUGAGCCUGUCAGGAAACUAAGACCAAGCACCCCGCUAAUGGAGACGGUACUGCAUGCUCUCGUCAGCUUAAUUGCGAGGCAUCCUACCAUCUUCCGUCCUUUUUCUGCGCAGAUCCACAGUGUUGUCCUGGCAAUUCUCGGCGCAUCUCCUAUGUUCUUCCCUGAGUCGGUAGUGGGGUUGGCUCAGCAGCUGUUCAUCGCCCUCCAUAACUGCGCACCGAAAAAUACCAUGGCUGACCAAUGGCGGGAGGCAAUCAAGUUAACAAUAUCUUCCGCGCACAGAACGGCAGACCGUGUCUUCAGGGCUGUGGUAGAACAGUGGGAAUCGGUAGACGCGAGCCUCAGACACACCGGGAAGCCACAGAGCUAUGAUCAGGAAGUGGGCGAUCAUGGACCUGAUCCAAUGGGUCUUGCUGGUUGGCGUGGAUUACACUCCGGUGCUGAAAGAUUGGUUGUUCUUCUGCGACUGCUCUCUGGUUUCCUUUCCACCCCGACGGCGUCUACCGUACCCAUCCCGUUGGGCUAUAUCCUUGAUUUGACGUCGAGAUUGACAUCUGUAACUGUUCCAACAGAAGCUGCGGAUGCAGCUAAAGCAAGCGUGCAACUCAACCUACAAAUUGGUCGUGAGGAACGUGACGCACUUUGGAGCGAGCUGUCUCGAAUCCACGCAGCUUGCGUCGACAUUUUUACUAAGGCUGUUGACAGUCUAGGAACAGCCCUCAUUCCAGUGGCGCAGACCAUGCUAGAACAGACUCUUUGGGUUUUCUGCGCAGAGAAGUUCAGUAGGGAACUCCGGACAGUAAUCUAUGGACUGAUUCGUCGACUGCUAUUAUUGAUAGGCCCAUCAAUGUCAAAGCAAGGCGUAUCUAAUUUGACCCGUUUGCUGCGCACUUGCUGUUCCGAUAUCCUGUGUCCAGCUGGAGAACCAAGGCCUUCUGCAUCUGAAUCGAAGGGGAAGUCGAAAACGAACCAGGCUUCAGUAAAUGCAGACUCCUUUCUCAAUGGGGGCUCUGAGAAAGGUCAGAAUCAAGCAAGAACAUCUUCAUCCUUCCCAGAUUUAUUCGACGCCGCGUCGGCGCUUCUACCUGCCGUGCUUAACUUUGUGCCUACUGAAAAUUUACCUGUUUCCAUACGCUCUGAGAUUGAUCGCACGGUCAUCUUGACCGCUGACAAAAAUGGCAUGCUUGCCAGUGUUCUCAAUCCCAUGCCGGUCGUCAAAGGCCGUGCAGCCGCGCCUAGCAUCAUGCCGUUCUUGGCGAGAAACUAUCCCGACGAGAUGGAAGUGGAGAGCCUGAUUAGACCCAGAAUGCCCCUUCUGAUGAAUGUUGGUGGGUAUAUUGAUCAGGUAGAAGAGGGGGAGGAAGAUGAGGAAGAUGAAGUAGAAUCUUCAGUUCCUACUCACGGUGCAGUGUCCAUCGACACUGAACUGCCUAAGUAUUCUGAUCCAAGCUCUCAACACCCAGCAACUAAAACCGAUAACGAGCCCUCUCAGGCCCCGAGUAAACGGAACUAUACUGAAGAACCGGGUAAUCCAUUCCACAUAACAUCCGCAACUGUACCAGACUCGCGAGCGGAAACAGAAAUCCAAACAAAAAAGGUACGACUGGACGACGACAACCUCGCUUCUUCCACCGCUACUCAACAGAGCCAGUCAGGUUCUGACAAACUGUCUACGAUUUCCGUCAGCCUUCCGUCAGCUCCUGCAGCUGCUCCGCAGUCAUCGAACACAAUACCUUCCAAUCCUCUUCUGCCGCAAUCUUCAUUGUCGUGGUCGGGAGCUUCCGGUAUAGCGAAAUCCGAGGCCGAAGGGGCGGCGCCUAGGAGUCGAUCCCCUAUCCCACAGUUCCAAGGUGAAGAGGGUAGCGAUGAUGAGUUGCCCACGCUGAACGUGGAUCCCGACACUGAAGAUGACGAAGAGGACGAUGUUAAUAUGGAGGGUUGAUGUUGAGGGAUAUAUAAGUAGGCCUGGGGCAGUAUGGUUAUACAGACACAUCAGCAGCUUCAUUUGGUGUUUCAUUUGUGCUUCCCUAUGUUAUAUAUUGCUGGGCUGAUCCUAGGGUCUACAUAUACCUCGUCUCAAUAAUAAUGAGAUAGCAAAAUAUUUCACUAAAUUUAUCUACCGCUCCUAUUACUCCUACUACUCCCUUCUCUCCUGUACGGGGCCCCGUGAACCCAUCCUCACGAUAAGCAGCGCCAAGAUCCCCAUGCCCAGACACGAAAUCGUCCUUCCAAGUCCUUUCGAACCAUGCCCCAUCAAAGUCAUAAUCCAAGCCAUCAUCGGUCAUCCGCCACUGCCUCACCCAUUCCCACAAUCAUCCAGAAAAAGAUGCAACAACCCCCCGCCAGCAAGCACAACCUUAUCCUCGAUAAAAAGAAUGAGUAACCACACAAGCAGCGUGAUAAAGGCCGUAUCAAAGCAGCAAGUCGUCGUCUUCUGGCUCGCGGCUCCGCGCUAGAUUUGCUUUCGUUUCAUCGAAUACCCCUCCUCAUCAGCCUGGGAUUCUACCUCCAUCUCAUCUCGGUUAAUAUCUCCUGACGAAGCGCCUUCCAUCACUCAGUCAGCCCGGCAGACCUCUCAUUUGUAACCCACUUGGGGAAACGUUCUAGCACACGCUAAGUCCAUUAUAGGCUCCCCUAACGCAAGCAAUUGGCGUAUAAGCCGUUUGCGGCGGUCUGGGGGAGACUCAGGGGUCAGGAUGAGGGGUGUCCCAUUCCGAGAGCAUGUAGAUGUCUAGUGGGAGGGAGCCCCAGGGUGGUGGAGGGGCAGCUCUCCAUCAAGAACUUCAAGGGGCAUGGUGCCUGUUUUGCUUCUGUGAGGGGAAUGUAGGAAAGGAGAAGUGUUGGAAUUUGAAUUCUAUGAAUUAAACAGUUGAGAUAAGGGUUUGGCAAGGUCAGACUAGCAAGGUACAGUUAUGUACAGAUAGAAAUAUGAGGGACCUGUGAAAAUGGCGCUG